GUGUUUAAUACUAUCGAUAGGGAUGACGAUGGCAGCUGUUUUGUUUCGAUGGUGUAAAGUUUUGCUUUUCUUCCUAUUUCUAUUUCUAGUUGAGGGAAGAAAACAUCAUUUAAAACUUAUUAAUGAUAAGCGUAGACAUUUCUCUGUAAGCACGUUUGGAUUUCUGAAAGGUGGAAGACUUGAAGUUCAAGUUAACGAAUUAUCGUUUACGCCAUCCAGUCCGGGAGCCAAGGUUGGUUUUAGUCUAACCAGAACAGUUAGUGAUAGUGUGACUCCAUAUUUGGAAAACCAGGAGAAGAAAUGUAUUCUUAUGGAUAACUCGUAUGAAGACAAUAGCAUUGAUCUAAUAUCAUUUGUGUUAGAUUUAAAAAUAAAAUACUCAGAGUUAAUUGUAGCCAAGUGUUCUCAGCACUUCAUAUUGGAACCAAUCCCAAAUGGAAUCCAACAGAUCAAAUCUCUAGUCGGAGAAAAAGAAGAAUAGAAGAACUUACCAGUGAUAGUUAUCUUCUUAUCCGCCGAAGAAGACGGUCUAUUAAUUCUUACAAUGGUGGUCAGAUUAAUGAAAAGACCCAAGCAUCUGUUAAGAGUAAGGAAGAUGACGAUGAUGAUAAAGAAGACAAAAACAGAAAAAAUAGUGUAAAGAACAAAGUAUCUGAUACUAAAAACAAUGGGGAAGUUGCGGGGGAUAGUGAUAACGGAGAAAGAAGCAACACAAAUAAGUCUAGAGUUGAUCAGGAAAAAGCUGUUGAAAAUGUUAUUGACCAUAAGCGGCCACCAGAUGGUGAAUAUUACACUGAAACGGAGGUUAUGGGAAAGAAUAUCCAAAGAAAUGAUUGUUCUGCUCCUGUUUUGAUACCAAUCAACAAGACAGGCAAUGUUUAUAGUUUUCAGUUUUUUGUUUUGAUUGGAGAGGAUAUCCACAAGGGACUUUACAGUUUAUACUUUCAUAACUGUGCUAACUACCAAUUGCGAGACCAAUCCACUGUGGUAAACCUGACUAUGGUCAUUACAGAAGAGAAUCGAGGAAUCUAUCUAUCGGCUGGAGAGAUCCCCUUGCCUCAACUGUAUUUUGGACUGUCCUUGGUUUUCUUUAGUCUUGGGUGUUUUUGGAUUUAUGUUAUUAGAAAAAAGAAAGAAGAAGCCUUUAAAAUCCAUUACUUAAUGGGAUUAUUAGUGUUUUUGAAAUCUUUUUCUCUGCUCUUUCAUGGGAUAAAUUACUACUUUAUAGCACGAGAAGGAUUCCACAUUGAAGCAUGGGCUGUGCUGUUCUACAUAACUCAUCUCCUGAAAGGAGCAUUGCUGUUUGUCACUCUUGUACUGAUUGGCACUGGUUGGACAUUCAUAAAGCACAUCUUUACUGACAAAGAAAAAAAAAUGUUCAUCAUCGUCAUACCUCUUCAGGUAUUGGCCAAUGUUGCAGAAAUUAUCAUGGAAGAGAGUGAAGAGGGUGAAGCUCAACAUAGCACUUGGAGGGAAGUUUUCAUCUUGGUUGAUCUCUUGUGCUGUGGAGCCAUACUCUUUCCAAUUGUGUGGUCCAUCAGACAUCUUCGAGAAGCCUCCCAGACUGAUGGAAAAGCUGCAGUCAACUUGCAGAAACUCAAACUCUUUAGGCACUUUUAUAUCAUGAUUGUCUGCUAUAUCUACUUCACCAGGAUUAUUGUGUAUCUUCUCAAGAUUACUCUGCCUUUCCAAUAUGAGUGGCUGGAUGAGUUUUUUAAAGAAGGAGCCACGCUAACAUUCUUCAUUCUAACUGGUUACAAUUUCCGCCCCACUCUCAGAAACCCUUAUUUCCGGCUAUCUCAAGAUGAUCCAGAUCUAGAAAUGGAAGAGGUGGUAACUAAAACAGGGCUGACCGAAGGCAUUUCCAAGACCGUGGAAUCAAGAAACCACGGUGGUAAUUCUAGAAUUUCUCAGCGAGAAAUAAGUCAUGAAGAUGAUUGAUGCUAGAAGAUACCAACGUACUGUGUGAAAUAUUUAAUUUUUGUUUCUGUUUAUGAGAUUCAAUUAUGCACAGUUUAACACAAAAAUUCAGCUAUUGGUUCAGUAAGUUGUUUAGAAAUUAUUCUUCUGCCCCUCCCUCAACCCCUGAAAAAAAAAACAAUCUUGAACUGAGCUAAUCUUGUUUAACCACAUUUAAACAUUUUCUAUUUGUUUUGGUACUUUUACAAUAGGUAAAGUUUUAACUACUGAUGUUUAUUUUUCUUUCAAAUCUUUUUUUUUACCCCCCACCCCCCAAAGAAAAGUUUCAAAAUGAAUCAAAAUUAUUCUUCUGUCCCUCCCCUAAUCCCUCACACCCCUGAAAACAACAAUAAAACAAUCUCGAAAUGAUAUAAUAUUGCUGAACUAUUAUUAAGUAUUUAAUAAUACUUGGUAGUUUCGCAACUUUAUUUACAGAUAUUUGUUUUUUCUUUCAAACCCCCCCCCCAAACAAAAGUUUUAAAAUGAAUCUUUAGAUAGAAAGAAGGGACCCACUCAAGCAUUUUAAUACACCUCUUUGUUCUUAUAGUUGAUCGUAGCUUUUGAACACCAGAUUUUGUCAACAAUCUGAUUAGUGUAUCUCCGUACAAUAGUUUUAUAAAUCUUGAAUAGUGUAAGAACACCGUAAUGUGGUAAUUAGGCAGUCUUGUUUACUUGUAUUAGCAAAAACAAGUUAUGACAUGACUUUACAGGAGUACGGGAUUAUUUGUUUUCUUUCUGAAAUAUAUGCUUAACUGUCUGAAACAUCAUGUACAUAAGUAAAGAAUAAAGUAAGUAAUUAUUUGAAACUCGUAAGAUCUGCAGGUGUAUCAGCUCCAGAUAACGCUGCUUAGUAAAAAUUCAGUUAAGUUUAUAUUACAAAGUCUGUAGGAAAAUACUGCAGAACUUCUAAAACAUCGAGCUUCUGUGCAGAUUUUCAGUGUUUUUGUAAUAUUCUAGAGACAUUUUGCAUUCAAUAUUGUUGACAACCAAGUGUGUACGGACAGGUAUGUGUGUACUUGUUCGCUGUGGGAUACCUCUGCAUAAGGAAAAAUACUUUAUGUGUAUGAAAUUUUUCCCCAGGGCAACGAGAUUGCAUGGAUGGCUAUAUAUUUGAGUGUAUGUACUGAAUUGGAAAUAGAACAACAAUAAAUAUUUAUUAUUUCAGCUUGUUGAAAUUAGGUAAAUUAAAUUAGUGUUCUGAAAUGUCCAAAGUUAUGUUUGGGUCAAUGUACUUGACCAUCACUUUUGACAUUAUUCGGAAAUAAGUGAAAGUGAAUUAAUAAAGAGUACAACACUGUA